AUGGCCACAAAUUCACGAAAGGGAUGGGCUGCACAGCCUACACAGCCUCGUUCCUCUAGGAGACUAGAAACUUGGUUCGUGGUUGUUGACGAAAUUAUUGUAAAUGAAUGGUUGUUGAUGGUAUUUAGAGAGAUUUGA